UGCAGGACUGUGGUAUCCACAUCCGGCCUGCGACUUUCAAUUCUAUCAUCCACUCCCUUACCCAAACACCGUCCAAGCCCCUCGGUAUUCUUCUGGCCGGCGCGGCGAUGCGUGGUCUGCGCAAAAAGGCCCCCGACGGCGAAAACGUCUUCAAAAUCCACAGCAGCGAUGUUUCUGAUACGUGCACGAGAGCCGCCGUCAAACUCAUGCUGCACGCUCGGAUGUGGGGUCAGCGUCGACAGGAGUAUAACACGGCUACGAACAGUUGAUCAAACAUCUCGUCAUGCAUGGCGAGAUCAUCAUGGGGACCCUGUUGGUCGUGCUGUUCUUCAAGUCCUUGGAGGUCCAGAAAGCGCGUGAUGCUUCUGCGGAGCAGGCAGCCGUCGAUGCGAAUUCUACGCCGUUGUGUCCGGAUGGAUGCUCCCCAUUCGUACCUAUACAACGAGACUACUCAUUCCGGUUGUCGCGCACCGCAGUGGACACUAUGAACAGUGUUCUUCGGGAGAUAGACAAGGCUGUAGAAGCGCCGCCGCCCGCUGAAGCGGACGGCGACGAUCGCUUAGCCCCAGCCCUCCAAGCCCUGGCGAACCUAGCCAUGCUGCUAGACACAGGCCAGCUACCGACAGACAGGAUCUCCACUCUGGUACACUCUCUCUACUCCUGUCCGAAGACGGAUCACCACGUCUGGAUCCUGGACCGCUCUAACAAGCCAGUCCGUGUCAAGGCGUAUCAGUACUUCCACAGCGUGCUUAUGCGUCUGAUACACUCCCUCACGAAGCCCGAGCCGCUGGACCGUCCUCCUCGCCUUGACAUCGGAUCCUACAAUGCUCUCCUGUUCUACGCCUUACGACAUCGACUCUCGCCUGCGCUCGCUGCCAGCAUUCUGGACCAUAUGUGCUGCAAGCGAAAGCCACCGAUACAGCCUACCAUCGUCACGUACAACACGCUGAUCCGUGCUGGUACCCUCACGCGAAGACAGGACAUAACGGACCUUGCUCUGCGCGCCCUUCGAGAGCGCUGCGAGUGGUCCGCUCCUGCGAGUGAGGUGGAGAGUACUGCUCCGAACAUGGCUGGUACCAAGGGUCAGGAUGUUUGGCUGCAUAACUCGCAUCCAGAAGCGUUCCAAUCGUCUUGGAAGGAAGCUCUGCCGUCUCGUCCGUCUGUCCCUUGGCCAGGAUUGCUAGGACGGGAUGCCAAAGGCCGCUCAACCACCGCUAUGAACGUUGGCCGUUCAAGUGUCUCGCAAUGCAGCGCCGUGGACCCCCCGACUGUUCCCGCAUAUCGGCAACAGUCGAGCUCACUUCGCCGUGAUAGAAGCAGUCCGGCUCCUCCACCCGGCGCACGACAGUCGAGAGUACUCCAGCGGCUAGACGAAGAAGAUUGGGAAGUCCCAGAGGCUUUCGUCAAUGCGCCCGUCGAUGUCCCUGUCAACGCACGCACGCUUGCUGAGUACGUUACCCACGUCACUGCGACCGGGAAGCCCGGUGUCAUCGCAAAUGUCCUUUUCCGCAUGAUGCCCGAGCUAGCUAUCGUGGACCAUCCUACUUGGGGGAGAACGGACGAUAGCCGACGGCGAAGCCCACUGCCUCCGAGACUGAGGAAGCGGUAUCUGAGGCGGGCAGUUCGCCACGGGCCGCACGUAUACUCCGCACUUCUCAAUGCGCUGGCGAAGGCGAAGAAGACGGGUGCCGCUGAGAGGGUGUGGCUGCUGGCCAAGCAGGCGGAGCAGGCCAGUUGGGUGCCUAAUUUUGUUCCGGACGUGGAGCCUUGGUGUCUUCCUGUGCAUGCGUACACCUCGAUGAUGCGCUGCUACGCUCAGGAGGCAAACAGAGCCAUCUCUCGUGGCCGACGUGAACAAGCCUCGUCGGACCAGGCUCUCAGGCAGGGUGACGACAAGUGGGUGCCACUGUUCAGAGGCGUCAUUCCUGGAUGGGCGGCGUUCGUGACCACCAUGCAGAAGCUCCACUUGCCGAAGUACUCGCAGAGGCGCAGACGUCUACGGAGCGUCGCUGGGCUCCUGCAUCGGUGCAUGGUCUCUGCUGGACUGUCGCUCUAUCGGUCACUACUGGCAUGGCGAAGACGCGGAAGCCUCGUCGGGAGUGGAAGGGACAUUUCCCUACCCCCGAUGAGCGGUUCUUCAUCGAGGCACUCGACCUCUUCGGCCGGCAGUUCAACACGGCCCCGCGACCCGGGCGUACGACUCCGCGUUUCUGGCGCAGCUAUCUGCGCUCGGCGUGGCACCGGCACCAGCGUGAAGGCGUAAAGGGGCAAGGCUGGACAUCCGCCCUCCAGGAGGUAGUGCGCGACAUCGUUAAGGCAGGCCUGCCGGUGCCGCCUGGCUUCCGUGCCAAUUUCAUCGGACACUGGGACAAGAUCAUUGACUCAACGGCAUCUGUAACACCCGCCAGAAUUGUGGCACUUAUACAUCUUCAGCG